CGGCCGAUAAGAGGCUGCAGCUUCCCUCCUCUGCAGCCGGUCACACCGCACACUGAUGAGGAUCCAGCACCGGGAUGGACGGGACACGACCGCGCUUCUCUAAGGAGCAAAGAGCAAGAAAUCUCAGUGGACUUUUUUUCUUUUCUAUCUCACAAAUACUUGGGCUGAUUUACCCCCAAAGGAUGUGAUGGGCAGCGACAUUAGUAAGAACAGAGAGAGAAAGGUGCCAGCUCAUGAGCAUCAGCACUGGCCUGGAUUCCUCUCCAACAUGGGGGUCUCCAUCGCCCGGAGACUCGGGCAUCUCGGGCACCCAGAUCCCGUGGCGCUGGGUGACAGACCACCCGUUCCCAAGCAGCUGCUCCCUUCAGAGGACGGUGCUGAGAAGCCAGGCGUGGACAAGACUCUCCCAGGCUUCAUCUCUGUAUUUCUGCCUGAGUUCCCACACCGUAAAUUUCCUGGAAAAGACAGUUUCCAGAUUCUAGGUUUCAUUGCCAAAGGGUCAUUUGGACCCAUCUUGAAAGUGAGGGACAAGAUGAAAGAGAAGACUUAUGCUCUUAAGGUCCUUCCAAAGUCUGAGAUCUUAAAGCAUGGAGUGCUGGAGCAGUCAAAGGAGGAGGUCAUCAUUCAGCGGCAGCUCAAACAUCCAUUUAUCCACAAUCUGCUGGACUGCUGGCAGACACAGCGCCAUCUCUUCAUUAUGUGUGACUACUGCGGCAGUGGAGACCUGUAUACUUACUGGUUACUGAAAGGCCGGUUUGGGGAAGACGAAGUUCGGGUGUUUGCUGUGGAGCUAGGCAGCGCACUGGGAUUCCUGCAUGACUUGGGGAUUAUGCACAGGGAUGUAAAGAUGGAGAACAUCCUACUAAGUGACCAAGGUCACCUUCGUUUGGCUGAUUUUGGACUGUCUCGGCGCCUGAAACGGGGAGGACGAGCCUUUACAAUCUGUGGGACUAUCCAGUACAUGGCUCCUGAGGUCCUCAGUGGGGGUCCGUACAACCACGCAGCUGAUUGGUGGUCGCUUGGCAUUAUGUUGUUCGCAUUGGUUACUGGAGAGUUUCCUGUAGCUCCAGAGCCAGAGCAUGGUGCCAUGUUGAAGAAGGUCAGAGAGUUUCCUUAUUUCAUGCCCGAGACCCUCAGCACUCCCCUCUCCUUGCUGCUCACUGAGCUUCUGUGCAAGAAUCCAGCGAACCGCCUUCGAAACCUGGAGUGUUUCAGACGGCAGACUUUCUUUCACAGCACUUCGUUUGACUCUCAGAUCCUCCAAAAGACACCUGUUGAACUCAUCCUGGAACUCAAGAGCCAUCCGGAUUGGCCAGCAAAGGCAAUGAGGGGCCUUCCGCUGGACUACUUUCAUAAUUUUGACUGUGAUAAAAUCCUCCACUCUCCCACAACACCCACCGAAUUGUCUCCCACCUUAACGAACAUUGACCUGAACGAAGCUACAGCCCAGAGUUGUAAAGCCUGAGACAGGGUUUUGCUCCAGUGCCUGAAUGCUGAAAAAAAACGACUGUAAAUGAGCAACACUCAAGAUGAAUAUUUCUGUCUUUGUUUAUUACUGUUAAUAUUUUUAUAUGAAAGGUGCUUAUUCCCCUUUAUAUUUCUGGACUGUAAUAGCUUUAUAUUGUUGCCUCCUGUGGUCUUGCUGCCAGUUAGGGGGCCAGUUCAACCUUUCAUUGUGGUCUGUAUGCAAGUAAGCAUAAUGUUGUGGGAUGGCUCUCAUUUUUUAUUUAUCAUUAUUUAUUUAAUGUAUUCAUUUUUUUUUUAAAUAACCCUAAUUUUGUAGAUAAAAAAAAAACAUUUAAAAGUACGUUUUCUCUUUAGUUUGUAGUUUGAGUGCACAUGCACACAGUAAUAUAGCAGUAUAACCCAGUGAAAGUCUUAUUAAUUACCCAAAGUGAGUAGGAUUUGGUGUCUAUAUGCAUCAAUAUUCUGGUUAUACAUAUGUAUCUAUAUAUCCCAGGUAGCUGAUUUAGGUCUCCUCAUAAGGUUAUUGUAAACAGUACAAGCAUCAGGAUAUCCCAAAUUAUUGCUGUGGAUAUAGAGCAUGUGCAGCCACUGAGCACUGAGCGCUGCACCACAUGAGCGUGAAUGGUGUGUUGUAUUACAUGUCAACAUUCAUCUCAUCUUACUCUUAAAUUAUUUACAGUGUUAGAAACAAAGAAAGGGGUAAAAUUGGAUGUUUUUUUUUUUUUUUUUUUUCAUUUUUCUGCUAUUAAAGUAAAAUAAAUAGGUAUUUUAUAAUUUCAUUCAAAAAUUGUUUUAUGAACUUAUAGUUGUUAUGCAGAUGUUAUUUACUAAUCUACAAUAAAGCCUUAAAUUUAUCUAUUUAAAUUUUAAACACAAGAAUUAUGACAUCUUGAUCUCUUUUUCUAACCCAGCUCUCUCACCACUUUAUCCUUGUGCUCCCCUUUACAGUCUCAGGGAAAUGAAUUAUUCUUACCCACAGGUAAAUUAUAUAUGGAUAUGAGUGAUAUGGAAUAUCAAUACACUUUGAAAUUAUAGAUCUACAUUUUCCAUAACAUGGAAAAUGUCCAUCCAUUCAUUCAUUUGCUGCCGGUGCAGUGGCUGUCCAGUUGGGAUGUAAAGCCCCCCCAGCGUGCUCUGGGUGCGCCCCAGUGCCUCCUCCCAGUGGGACGUGCCUGGAACAGCUCCACAGGGAGGCUCCAGGACACACCACUGCAGGUCCAUCAUCCAUCUUUGGCCUCAGGAACCUGUGUGCCAUCACUUUCAGGCUCAGAUCAAGCAGGCCACUCCCUCCAAUCAUCUCCCUCUAAGUUUUCCCGGCACCGCUGAAUUGAGUGUUGAAGUCUCUGGAAAACUGCACAAGUUGUUCCUUAAAAGCCACGUGGAAAUUCCUUAGAAACUGUAACCGUGUUGAGUCGUUUGGAUAACAGUUAUUCAGUUUUUGCACAUAUUUUUCUGACAAAACUUCCAGAAAGCUUUACAAAGUAUGA